CCAGCCGUUGGUAGCCCCGCAGCCAAUCGCCGGCCAGCUUGAGCCCCGGCCCCUCCUCCUUCCGCGGCCGCUGGGGCUGGGAGUCACCGCAGACGCCAUUUCCUCAGCGCCCCCGCGGCGGCGCGGCUGCAUCAGCGCUGACGUGAGACCGACGUGCGGCUCCGCCCGGCCCAAUCCCCCCCACCCCUUGUGACGGGGGCACCACGUACAGGGCGGCGGUGCAGGCUUUGGUAGGAGAGAGAGGGAGCCGAAGAGAACCAAGCUCUUGUUUUAAAACUCACAACUUCCGGUAUGACUAAGUAUGUCAAGAAAUACAGAAAAGCAACUGCCAGACAGAUGACCAUGGAAAUGGUUGAAUCACAACAGGAUGACAGUGCAGGGGAUUGUAUGCCAGAGAGAGAUGCUGUUCGUCUUCAGAAUCAGCCAGGCCGAAGUCAUAUUUCUCAAGGGUCUGAGGUUUCUGUAGCUGCAUCAAGUGCUGGAAGAGGAUCUCCAGCUCUAACUCUAGUGCAUUUGCCUUCUGGUCAAACAGUUCAUGGCCAGGCUGUCAUUCAAGCCACACAGCCCUCAGUCAUUCAGUCACCACACAUGCAAGCUGUUCAGGCAGCAUCGAUUGCAGAUGAAUCUGCAGAAUCAGAAGGGAUAGUUGAUUCUCAAAAGCGUAGGGAAAUACUUUCAAGAAGGCCUUCAUACCGAAAAAUUUUGAAUGAACUCUCAUCAGAUGCUCCUGCAAUACCGAAGAUUGAAGAAGAAAAGUCAGAUGAUGAAGGAGUGCCUUCUGGAAUUCCUGCAAUGGCCAUGCCAGCUGGCCUAUAUCACUCUAACACAGGGCAAUAUAUUACUAUAACUCAAGGUGGUGCAAUCCAGAUUUCUAAUCCAGCCUCUGAUGGUGUCCAUGGACUACAGACAUUAGGAAUGACAAAUUCGGGAGCUCCUCAGCCAGGUGCUACCAUUGUGCAAUAUGGAGGACAAUCACCACAUAGCACACAACAGUAUUUUGUUCCAGGAAGCCAAGUUGUUGUUCAAGCUGCCACUGGAGACAUGCCAGCUUACCAGAUUCGAACUCCCACUACUACCUUACCUCAGGGAGUGGUAAUGGCUGCCUCACCGGGGACUUUGCAUAGUCCUCAGCAACUGGCAGAAGAGGCAACUCGCAAGAGAGAGCUGAGACUUAUGAAAAAUAGGGAAGCUGCUAAAGAAUGUCGACGUCGGAAGAAAGAAUACAUAAAAUGUCUGGAGAGUCGUGUUGCAGUGCUAGAAGUUCAGAACAAGAAACUUAUGGAGGAGCUUGAAUCCCUAAAAGACAUUUGCUCUUCCAAAACAGAUUAGUAAACAUAUUUAUUAUACUGUGAACUGACUAAAAUAUGACCAGUUGCUUUAUAAGAUAAUACAUAGCCAACAUGAAUUAUGGCUUUCUUUUUGUGUCAUUUAUAUUAUAUUCCAACUCCUAACAUUCCUGAAUGCUUUCCUGCUUUUUGUCAAUUCAUAGCUCUAAUUUCAGGUUUUUCAUGUUCCUCCCUUCCAUCUCCCAAGGAGCCAAAUGUUAAAGAAAUGUAAGAAAGUAAAAAAGCGCAUAAUUUUUAAGAGCUGUUUCUUUGCCAUAUAUUUACAUACUACUUUUUACAUGUUAACUGAGUGACCUGCACAUAGAAAAUAAUGUACUAUUAUUUUAGAUGAUUCGUGAAGAUAACGCAUCCAGUAAUACAAAGAAAAUCAAACAACCCACGGUAUCUCAGGAAAGAGUUUAUAAAAGAAUGUUAUGAUUACAUAUAUGUACUAGCAUACUAGUCUACAGAUGAUUUUAUGGCAUAUUUUUAUAUUAGUUGCUUUGUGGAAAAAGUAUUGUAUUGCUGUCACUGAGUGCCAUGGUUAAAGAUAGUUUUUAAUAGAACCAUGUUGUUUAA